GAAAACCGGAAGUGCCCUUAUUUAGGGAGGACCGUUCGUAGCAAUGGCGGCGGCUGACAACAAUGUGGAUCUGAAGAGAAAAGCUGAAGAUGAUCAGGACGGGGAAGGAGAAGAGGAUGAGUGGGUCGGACCGAUGCCAACUGAGGCCACAAAGGCCAAGAAAAGGAAAGGUCCGUUUCUGGUGUUUUUACACUGUGUGAACGUUCUGGUCUCUGCUAAAUUAUGCUAACGAUGCUAACCAAAGUCCCGCUAAAAACUCGUGUUUAUGUUUUGAUUUUACCAGUCCUGGAGUUUGAACGAGUCUAUCUGGACAACCUACCAUCAGCUGCCAUGUAUGAACGGAGCUACAUGCACAGAGACGUGAUCUCACAGAUAGUCUGCUCCAAGUAAGUGGAUUUUAUUUCAACAGAGGGUCUUUAACUGAGUCCAGACCUCUGAGCAAGUUUCACUGAAUUAUAUUAACAGACUCUGAAAUACAGAGCUUGAAGACCAGUGAUAUAUUUUGGACCUGAGUCAUGCAGAGCUUUAUGAACCAGUAGCAGGGAUUAAAGGGAUAUUCCGGCGUAAAAUUAAGUUAGGUGUUAGGUAGUAGAGAUUAAACACAAAUGACCUACUCUCUUCCAGCAGCUGCUUGUUUGUAGCGAGACCUCAGGCCAGUCCAUUACAGAUUACAGCAGGGUAACACAGCUCAAGGAAGAACAUUUCUGAUCAUUUCUUCAUAUAGUGCAAUCAGACCGAGACGCUAAGGCAGAAGAAUUAACGCGUCUGAAGUACAAAAUGAUGAAUAUGAUGAUUAUUACUUCAAGGAAAUGAUAAAGUAAUGAUCAUAGAUGUUCUUCCUUGAGCUGCGUCACCCCGCAAUGAAACAAGCGACUGCUGGAAGAGAGUAGGUGAAUUGUGUUUAGUGUCUUUGCAAGAAAUUAGGCAAAGUUAAAAAGCUGUAUGGUGACGCAGCUCAAGGAAGAACAUUUAUGAUAAUUUUUUUAUCAUUUCCUUGAAGUAAUAAUCACCAUAUUUAUCAUAUUGUACUGCAGACGCGGUAGUUCUUCUGCCUUAGCGUCUCGGUCUGAUUGCAUUUCCAUCAAGAAAUGAUCAGAAAUGUUCUUCCUUGGGCUGCGUCACCUCGCAGCAGUCCAUAAUGGACUGGCCUGAGGUCACGCUACAACAAACGGCUGCUUGAAGAGAGUAGGUGAGUUGUGUUUAGUCCCUUAGCUAAAGAAAUUAGUGCUAUGGCUGGGACCCUAUAUGUACUGUUGAUGAAGUUAGGUGCUGUUCUGAGCAUUAUUUGUGGCUAUAGAGUGGCGUUUUGGUUGAAGUUUGUUUAUGGCACCUCAGACCGCUGUGUAUUGCUAUCGUGCGGUCAUUACUAAAGUUGGUAUAACUAGAGAAGCAAGCGGUCGGCAACAUUCAUCUCUGGAGGAGUGUUGGCGUUCUCUGACAAAUGGGAAGACAAUGUGAAGACCUCGGUAAUGGACUGAUGCAGUCCACUUUGUGAAGACUGGCAGCUGGAGAUGUUUGAUAAAGUUUUUAGGGAGAUCUGAAAAAACUAUGUAACAAAGAUCAAGUCGACUGACUACUGAUCCAACAUCUCAGUCUAAAGUGGUUCAGUGAUACAUCCUGAUUUAUUUCAACACGAUUGUUGUGUUACUUAAUAUCCACUCAGUAACAGCACAUAAUAAUCAUUCAUUUUGUGCCUUUUCUAUAAAAAGUUGAUUUUUUGUCUUUUAGGACCGACUUCAUCAUCACAGCCAGUCAGGACGGCCACGUCAAGUUCUGGAAGAAAAAAGAGGAGGAGGGAAUCGAGUUUGUCAAACACUUUCGUAGUCAUCUCGGUAUGUUUGACCUUACUCCAGAUUUACUCCCUGAAUUAAUUAUUUAUUUCAUCACUGAAAUGAUGGAAAACCUCAAUCCAAGUUCUGCAAAGCCCAAGACAACUUCCACAGAUGGCUUGUUUGUUUGAAAACUAAAAAAAUUCAAGUUUGCUGUCACAGAAGAACAAAGAAAUCCAGGGUUCAUACACAAGUAUGGAAAAGUAUGAAAAUAAUUUGAUCAAUUUCCAGGCCUUUAAAAGUAUGGUAAAUAAAAAACAGAGUAUGGAAAAAAUGUUUAGGUUUCCAGACUAUUGCCACAUUAAAAAAAACGUUUAUUAAAAUAGAAAAGUAGGUAUUUCCAAAAAUUAUAAAAUUAUUCUAAAAAGUAGGGUAUGGGAAAGUAUGGAAAUUCAAACUGUGUAGGAACCCUGUAAAUCAGAGGAUACUCACUCUCAGAAAGAUAGAAUCAAAGAAUUUGCCUGUUUUUCCUAAAAGAAAAUGACAGCUCCAUUCUGGCUUUGAUGGUGAAUUUCUCUGCAGGUGUGAUAGAGAGCAUUGCCGUCAGUGCUGAAGGAGCUCUUCUCUGCUCUGUGGGUGAUGAUCAGGCUAUGAAAGUCUUCGAUGUGGUCAACUUUGACAUGAUCAACAUGCUGAAGUUAGGGUGAGUCUAAAAUACCAAACUGUGUCUCAUGAAGGACAGACAGACCUGUUAUUGGUUAUUUAAUUCAGUGUGAUCCGCUCUCUGUGCAGCUUCCACCCAGGUCAGAGCGAGUGGAUCUACAAUCCUGGCGAUGCCAUCUCCACGGUGGCCUGCUCAGAAAAAUCCACAGGGAAGAUCUUUGUCUAUGAUGGAAGAGGGAACAACCAGCCACUUCAUGUCUUCGAUAAAAUGCACUCCUCCCCGCUCUCCCAAAUCCGCCUCAAUCCCAAAUUCAGGGUCAUCGUCUCUGCUGAUAAAGCGGGAAUGUUGGAAUACUGGACAGGCCUCCCAAAUGAAUUCAGAUUCCCCAAACACGUGCACUGGGAAUAUAAAACAGACACAGACCUGUAUGAAUUUGCAAAACACAAAACCUAUCCCACCAGUCUGGCAUUUUCUCCUGAUGGGAAGAAAAUGGCCACCAUUGCUUCUGACAGGAAGGUCCGGAUUUUCCGCUUCCUCACAGGAAAGCUGAUGAGAGUGUUCGAUGAAUCUUUAACUGUAAGUCCUCUCACACUCGUCAGUUUGGAUCUGUACUGAUGGAGCAAACUCACAUGUUUAUAUUCUCCGUUAGAUGUUCACGGAGCUGCAGCAGAUGAGGCAGCAGCUGCCUGACAUGGAGUUCGGGAGACGAAUGGCUGUAGAGAGAGAGCUGGAGAAGGUGGAUGGGAUCCGAUUGACCAACAUCAUCUUUGAUGAGACAGGACAUUUUGUGCUCUACGGCACCAUGCUGGGCAUCAAGGUCAUCAACGUGGAAACAAACAGGUCUGUUACAGGAAGCUCUGGACAGUAACAGUACAAGAAGGUUAAGGUUUAUGGGGCUGUAUCUGGGCUUAAAAAUUUAGUAGCCAAAAAUAUGGAACUGCAGUGGAUGCUGAUGCUGCGGUUGUCGUAUAUGCACUUUGGACCUGAAUUUAGAACAGAUGUGUCUGGAUCUUGUUUCCAGGUGUGUGCGCAUCUUCGGUAAGUUGGAGAAUAUCCGCGUGGUCCAGCUGAGUCUGUUUCAGGGAGUCGCCAAGGCCAUGGAUGUAGCGCCCACCGUAGAGAUGAAGGCCUCGGAUAACCCAGCCUUACAGAACGUGGAGCCAGACCCAACCAUAUUCUGCACCGCCUUCAAAAAGAACCGCUUCUACAUGGUGAGAUUUGCAACAAAUAUGAUGAUUUGACUUUGUUUCAUCGCCUGUUUUAAUUACUUUUUGAAACUUCCUUUAUUUAGUUCACAAAGAGAGAACCAGAGGACACAAAGAGCGCAGACUCAGACAGAGACAUCUUCAACGAGAAACCGUCAAAAGAAGAGGUGAUGGCUGCCACACAGGCGGAGGGCCCGAAGAGAGUGUCUGACAGCGCCAUCAUCCACACCACCAUGGGAGACAUCCACAUCAAGCUUUUCCCCGUAGAGUAAGUCAUACGAGCUGUUCAAAUAUCUCAGACCCACGUCACAAAAUCUCAUCCACUGACUCUGUGCUGUUGUUUCAGGUGCCCCAAAACUGUGGAGAACUUCUGUGUCCACAGCAGGAACGGAUACUACAACGGACACAUCUUCCACAGAGUCAUCAAGGUAUCCGGUCUGCUCUGAAACAGUGUCCCAGUGUUUUUUAAGAGUUUCUCUGUGAAAUGGGGCAGCAGCUUAAUCCCUGAAGGCAAAUGCAAUAAAAAUACCUUCUUUAAAAGAAUCAGUUUCACUGAUGACAAGCUCAGAUUGUUUUUGUAACCACACAGAGCAGGAAGUUGCAGGUCAACAGCAGCCAGAAUCUGCUGUCUCAAAUACUGUUUAAACUUGUUUUCCUGAAUUGUACAAUUUUUAAUUUACACCCAAUCCAAUAUUUGAACGUCCCAGACUGAAGUUGUUGUAUUCUUCGGUGUUUUUUGUGUGCAGGGUUUUAUGAUUCAGACUGGAGACCCCACAGGCACAGGGAUGGGUGGAGAGAGCAUCUGGGGAGGAGAGUUUGAGGACGAGUUCCACGCCACGCUAAGACAUGACCGCCCGUACACGCUCAGCAUGGCAAACGGAGGCCCGGGAACCAACGGCUCACAGUUUUUCGUCACCGUCGUACCGACUGUAAGUUUUUUUUUUUUCCUCCAUAGCCAUCCUUUCUAUGUUGAUGGAGAUUUUAAUUUUCAGUUUCUCCUUCCCUUUUUUCUUUUUUCAGCCCUGGCUCGAUAACAAGCACACUGUGUUUGGAAGGUGUACGAAGGGCAUGGAGGCUGUCCAGAGGAUCUCAAAUGUCAAAGUGAACCCCAAAACUGAUAAACCGUAUGAGGACAUCAGCAUCAUUAACAUCACUAUCAAAUGAAUGUAUGUUUUCAUCAUGCUUUGUACAGCUAUGUGACUUUUUAAAAAAUCAGAAUCUGCAAUUAAAGAAUGAUCAGUGUGA